AUGGCGAGUUUCAACCACUUCGACUCCCAGGACCCCACUGGCACUCCCCCGUCUCCUGUCGCUCCCAAGUACGAAGCGCAGAAAGCACAACUAACUGCUGCUCUCAAAACCAUCCAGCCAGCGGGAUGCUUUGUUACUUUCGACCAAUUUCCGACCCAACCCCAUGCUGGCAUCUGCGCAGGCAAGUUGAUCAAGUGCGCACGGCAAGCCCGUAUGGCAAGGGAAACGAGACUCUGGUUGAUACGACGGUUCGCAACACGCGGGAUCUGGGCCCUACGCAGUUUGAGCUCCGGAACACAGAAUGGCCAGGUUACCUGUACCGAGAUCGGCAAGGAACUGGGCAUCGAUGCACCCAUUAGAGCUGAACUUUACAAAAUGCUCAUCUACGAGAAGGGUGCCCUUUGCAAACCACACAUCGAGUAA